AUGAUGCAGGAAUAUGACGACGAUUUCUUCUUUGAAGAGGACAAAAUGCGAAUGUUUGACAGAAGUCAUUUAAUGCCUUUCAAUGAUCCCAGGUUGUAUUUGCAAAUCGCACCAAAGAUGUUCGAAGAUAGACUCAAAACGAAUCCGGGUAACUCAAAAAUGUGUUUAUCAUUGAACGUCGACAGUGCAAUUAUAACUGACACAGAAGAAGUUAAAAGCGAGAAAGAUGUUUUGCUCGAUGAACUUACUCUGGACCCGGACUGUAUCUUCAACGAUUUAAGACAAGAAAGAUAUUUGAUACAACAUCAAAAUCUUAUGGGAAUGACAGUUACGUCUGGAAGUGUGGUGUUGAAUAAGGAUGAGAAAAAUCUCAUCGGAAUAAGUAUAGGCGGCGGAGCACCUUUAUGUCCAUGUCUAUAUAUAGUACAGAUUUUCGAUAAUACACCGGCAUCAAAAGAUGGAACACUUCAAAGUGGAGAUGAGCUGGUCGGAGUUAAUGGUCAGACAGUUAAAGGAAAGACUAAAGUCGAAGUUGCUAAAAUGAUACAAUCGGCUAAGGACCAAGUGACAAUAAACUACAAUAAGCUUCACGCUGAUCCAAAACAAGGAAAAUCAUUGGACAUCAUAAUGAAGAAGAUGAAACAUAGAUUGGUGGAAAAUAUGUCUACGGGUACAGCAGAUGCUUUGGGAUUAUCUAGAGCAAUCCUAUGCAAUGAUACACUAGUGGCCAAAUUAAAUGAAAUGCGUGAAACGGAAAACACGUACAAAAGAUUGGUAGAACAUGCUAAGAGAAUGCUGAAAUCCUAUUUCGAUCUGUUGCAAACAUACAAAUCAAUUGGAGAUAUAUUCGCUGCUAUCGGUGUUCGUGAGCCACAAGCGAGAGCAUCUGAAGCAUUCUCCAAAUUCGGCCACUGCCAUCGACUUCUUGAACGCGAUGGCAUCAAAAUGUUGAAAACAUUGAAACCGAUUUUAGCCGACAUGGGAACAUAUCUCCACAAAGCUAUACCAGACACAAAGCUCACUAUAAGAAAAUACGCUGACACCAAGUUUGAAUACUUGUCGUACUGCUUGAAGGUCAAGGAAAUGGAUGAUGAGGAAUAUGGAUAUAAUGCUUUACAGGAACCUCUGUAUAGAGUGGAAACGGGGAAUUACGAAUAUAGAUUAAUUUUACGUUGCCGUCAAGAAGCAAGAGCUAGAUUCGCUAGACUGAGAUCAGACGUACUUGUUAAGUUGGAAUUGUUAGAUAACAAAAAGACACAAGACGUAGCUUAUCAACUGAAGAGAUUUAUACACGGAUUGGCUGUUUAUCAUAAUGAGACAGUUGAACAUUUGAAAGAGAAUGCGACGCUGUUUCCCGUUGAAGUAGAUCUAUCACAAAAUGCCUUCCAAUACAAAUCUACUACACAACUCAUACAAGAUAAUGAUGACGAUGAUACAGAGAUUGAAUAUGGUAAAGAGAUUCAAGAGUACCACGACGCAUCAGACGAGGAGAAGGAAACGAAAGUAUUUAAUAGACGCGAAACGAAAGACAAGGACGAAACUGAUUCGUCUGAACAACUUUUACCGUGUUUGACAGAUGACGUGACAAACGUCAAACGUGACAGUGACGUCACAAAUGUCAAAACUGACAAUGACAACCUCUCUUUACUGACAGAAUUAGGGUUGGCCGACACUCGUGAAGAUUUUGGAGAUUUUCAAAACGGAAUCUUCGAUGAUUUCAUUCCGAAGCCCGAUAAAGGGACUGACGACGUUUUCGAUAAGCUGCUCUGUGAUCUUAAUAUUGGAAAAUAA